UGUGAUAAUAUAAUUUCGCCCAUAGAACAUUAAUAUACAUUUUGUCUGUUUCUUUCUCUUGCUGACGCUGUACGAAAUUCUGUUGUUACUUAAAUUCUGCCAAGUAAGGAAUAAAAAAGAAAAAAGAAAAAUAAACUUCUGCCCGGUAGUUAAAUCAACAACUGAUCAAGUGAGAGAGAAACAAGUUUUCAAGAUGGGAAUGACACUGAGUCGUAUAUGGAACUGGACAUUUAACAGAAGGAAACAUUGGAAAAUUCUUAUGGUCGGACUUAACGGCGUCGGGAAAGCAACAAUACUAAACAGACUAAGGCUGGGAAAUGUGUACGCAACAACCACAGGCGUUGGUCUGAACGUAACGAGAGUGGAUUACCACAACCUCACCAUUAACGUGUUUGAUGUCGGCGAAGAGAAGUCUCUGCGUGUAUUUUGGGGACAUUUUACCCAGGGUGUUGAUGCUGUUAUUUACGUGGUGGACGCAGCCGAUUCCGACGGAAUGCAGGUUGCCAGGGAGGAGCUGGAGGCUGUUCUGGAGACCGUUGAUGACCCCACGACUCCUGUGGUGGUGAUGGCCAACAAGCAGGACCUUCCCCGAGCUCUCCCUGCAUCCGAGGUCACUCAGGCGCUGCGUAUGACCCAGCACGGACGACCUUGGCGCGUUGUGGCGACCUGCGCGACGAACCUGCAGGGCGUUGAUGACGCUUUCGAUUGGCUGUCGCAGGUCGUUAAAUGA